AUGACUAGGCCGGAGGCUGAAGAUGUGACAGCAAAACACAAAGCGAAAAUCGAUCCUCAUGAUCAGCGAAGUUUCGUCAACAAUGCCUUACACCUCAUCAUUUGCGCUGCUGGGAUUUUGGGCUUCUUUUUUGCUUUCGGAGUCUAUCAGGAAAAAAUAGUGCAAGGGAAGUAUGAUGGAAACGAUAAGUUCACCUACACACAAGCGCUUGUGUUCUUCGUUUGUGCCGCCAGCUCGAUCUUUGCCUACUUCUUUAUGGGUGAUGGAGGACAUGAUAAUGUUCCAAAACGUUACUACGUUAGUUGUGCAGCGAGUUAUUUAUUGGCAAUGCUUUCCAGCAACCAAGCUCUACAAUAUCUUCCCUAUCCGACACAGGUGCUGGCUAAAUCCUUUUUAUUCAUCGUCUUCGGUGUGGCUCUAUUCAUGUACAAGGACAAGAAAACGGCACAAGCUGAAGGCGGAAUUGGAUGGGGAGAAAUUUUGUUGAUUCUUUCGUUGGCAUUUGAUGGAACGACAACUUCGAUUCAAGAUCAGAUUAAAACUCAUUACAAGAGAACUGCGUUGAGCAUGAUGUUUUAUAUGAACUUCUUUGCAUCAAUCUUUUUGAUAAUUGGACUCGUGGCUACGGGAGAACUUUUUGAGUUCAUUGCUUUUGUCCAACGGUAUCCGGAGAUUUUGUGGUCAUUGAGCAUUUUCGCCAUUUCAAGCUGUGCUGGACAGUACUUCAUAUUCAAAACCGUGCACGAAUUCUCGCCACUAACUUGCUCAAUCAUCACUACGACACGGAAAUUGUUCACGAUCAUCAUCUCUGUUAUAUUCUUUAGCCAUCCGAUAUCAGAACGUCAGAUGGUCGCCACCUUCAUAGUAUUCGCUUGUUUGUUCCUUGAUGCGAUGGGCAGCAAAAAACGACCAAAA